CAUGCCCGGUAUGCGGUCCCUGACCACACCGCCGCUGGCAGAGCGGCACGGGGUGAUUUCUGUUUUUUUGGGUGGGGGUGGGGGGAUCAAAAACCGCCCACUGGAAACUUUCAGCCAAUGAGAUGUGCUGUCGGCGGGCAGAGCCAGGUGACACCGUGUAUAAUUAAUUACUCAGUCGUCAUGCCGUGUGCGCCCGAAGAUAAGAGGGACUCGAGCCCGCUGCGUGAUUACGAAAUAUGUGCAAGGUCGGACUGACAAAAUCAUGUCGCCUGCUAGUUGCUUACUUGGAGUACUUCUGCUGUGGGACCUGAUACCCCGCCCGGACGCCCUAUCGUACUUCGGAUUAACCGGGAGGGAGCCUCUGAUGGUGCUACCGCUCGGGGUGGACGACAUCAACGCUCUGCCGCCCGUCAAGAUCUGCGAGAGCUUCAAACUGAAGAGGAAACAGCGGCGGAUGUGUAAGCGGGACGCCGGGGUGGCUGAGACCCUGGUGGAGGCCAUGCACAUGUCUGCCCGGGAGUGUCAGCACCAGUUUCACAACGAGCGCUGGAACUGUACCCUGGGCAAGACACGACUCAACAUGCUGAAGAGAGAUGUCGCUGAGGGGCGAAAACGUUCACGCGACAGAAACCGGUUCAAGGAGACGGCCUUUCUGUACGCUAUCUCGUCCUCGGGGCUGACCCACGCGCUCGGGCGGGCGUGCUCGAGCGGCAAGCUGGAGCGCUGCACGUGCGACGAGAGCUUCAACGACAUCGACAACCGCGAGACGUGGCUGUGGGGAGGGUGCGGGGAUAACCUGAAAUACUCUCGGAAAUUCGCGCGGCAGUUCCUCAGCAUGAACAAGGCUGAGGAGCAGGACUUGCGAGCGGCCGUGGACAGGCAUAACACCAACCUGGGCAUCCGAUCUGUUACAUAUCAGGUGGUGCGGUCCCGGGUGAAGACGACGUGUAAGUGCCACGGCGUGUCGGGGUCCUGCAGCGUGCAGACCUGCUGGAGACAGCUCGCCCCCUUCCACGAGAUCGGCGACGUCUUGAAGAACAAGUACGAGAAGGCCAUGAAGGUGGUGAGCAUGACCAACGGGGCCGGGGAGCGAGCGCAGCUCAUGAACGAGCCCGUCGGUAACGAGGCGCCCAAGGGCCCGAAGAACAACGACAUGGUCUUCGUCGACGAUUCCCCGAGCUACUGCAAAAAGGGGAAAUAUUCGUACGGGACGAGGGGGCGGAUCUGCGACAAGGAGAAGAACUGUGACAGCAUCUGUUGUGGAAGGGGACACAACACGCAGAGUCUGAUAAUCAAGAGACCAUGCCAGUGCCAGGUCAAGUGGUGUUGUUACGUCGAGUGCAAAGAAUGCAACACAAGAGAAGAAAUAUACAUGUGUAAAUAACGCUUCUAAUAAUAAUAAUUCGCCCACAGUUCCUAUAUCUAAGUUUCUUUUCGUGAAGCUUAUGUAUUAUUGUCACUUGUUUCUUGUACAUAUACUUUUCAAACAGAAUGUGUUGUAUACAUAUUCCAGAACGGUUAAAGAUGAGAGUAAUAGUGUAGAAAAAAUGUUGUUUUUGAAUGUUUGGCUUCCAGAAAGGAAGGUGUUGAAGACGUAUUUAUUUAUCAGGAGGAAAAUUGUGUUGUGUAAAUGUGGAACGUUCUGUUACUGUCAAGAGGAAGAUUCUUUUUACAAUGGAGUAUCAUUAAAAAAGCAUUGGCUAAAACAGAUUUUAAAAACGUGCAAAUAUGAAGCAUAGAAAGUUGGAAUAGCGUAGCACUAUGGGUUUUUUUGUUGAGUUUACCUAUACCCGAACAAUAGUUGCGUCUAACUUGUAUACUUUCUUGGUAUAACUUGCCGCCAUACUGAAAUAGCUAUGCUCUGUCGCUUUAUUCAACUGAAUUCUGUAAAAAAAAAUCUUGAGUUGCAUACUAAAACAAUUUUGUAAAAAUGUAUAGCAUGCAUUCGUUGUGGCAAAGGAUUGGUUUUGGAUAUAUUAAGAAAAAGAAUUGAAGAAAUGGAAGAUUUGAAUUAUCAUUUUAACGAUUUUGUACAUAAUUGUGUCAUAUCCCUGUGGGGCAGCCAUUUUGGGAUGACUAUUAUGGGAUGGCAACGUUGUGCGCAGGCGCAAACAUUUGCGUCUGCGCACUGGGUAGUUAAGCAAAUUUCUUACAGAAAAAGAUUAGAAGACACGAUCGAGCCUUCUAUUGGUUUGGGAUAUGAUUUUAGCAUAUAGAUGAGCACUUACAAGCGUUUAUCUUCACAAACGUGUUAACAACAGCAGUAGAUCACCAUGUACAUAAAUUUGUUUAGUUAUCGUAGCCAGUAAUGUGGUGAUGGGACGUCAGUCAAUGCGAAACGGUCAGUAACAACUAAAUUAUCUCGCCUGUAUGACCUUAUGUUGAUUCGUUUACAGACUUAUUAAUUCUUACCCCCCACAAUGCUUUCAAACUGCCUUCCUGUUUCUGGACCAAAGAAAACGUUUUUACCCGUUUUGUCAAUCCAAAAGGCAGAGGGACAUUAGUUUUCCUUACUUAUAGCAAGAUGGCACAUUGGCAUUACUGUGAAGCUAUCGUAAGCAACAUUUGCAAGCAUAUAUAUUUCAUAAAAUAAUUUAAAAAAAUCAAUGGUCACAAAAUGGUAUUGCUCGUGGGCAAGCCUUUGGAGUGUAUGCAUUUUAGGUAAGGCGGUGGGUUCUAAAAAAGAUAAAUACGAAGGGAUAAAAUGGACUAAAAAGAGACAAAAACAUUCCAAGCCCUUUCUGUCCUUGGAAAUGGAAAUAGCCCUUACAGUUGGCUUGACAUUGAUCAGUGCACAAAGAGGGCACCCCCCCCGAAGAGUACUAUUGAUAGGCGUGCAAUUCUUUUAAAGAAUCUGUAUUUUUUCCUCUGUUGCUGUUUUAAUUUAUUUCGUGGCUGAGUCUGAGCAUUAUUUUCUUGGUGAGAGGGACCGCAUUUUCUAAGAUGAA